AUGCCAAAUUCGUAUCAUUAUUUUGAAUCCAGUGAAGUAUCACAUAAACGUCUAUUCUUAGAAAUUGAAAUAUUGAAAGAAUUACAACAAGCUGAUCUUCUUCAUGAUCUCGAAUGGAACUCAUAUGAUACAAUAGCAUUAAAUCUUUUUAUUCAAGCUGGAAUACAAGAAGCUAACGAUGAACUUUCUCGACGUUCUGUAAAUCAUUCAUAUGAUUUUGAACAAUUGAAUUUUAUUGAUCAUUGUAUUCAAAAACAUCAAACAUCUCCUUCAAUAAAUGAACAAUUUCAACAACAAAAAAUUUCGCUACCGCUAAUCUUUAAUGGGAUAUUUAUCUUUCUAUGUCUUUCAUUUAUUAUUGGAUUUCUUAUUUAUGAAUUUAUUAAAUUUAAUCAUCAACAUCCUUUAAUUGAAUCACUUGAUCAUUCAUUAACAACUAAACGACGUCAUUUAUCUUUUACAGAUGAUUUAUUACUUAUUCUUAUAACAUUAACUAGUGCUAUAAUAUUAGGUUCUAUAAUCAUCGCAACAAGAUUUAGUCGAAAGAUCAUUCUGUUUGGAAUAGUUCUAUUAGUAAUAACUGUUUCACUUCUAAUUAUGAAAAGUCAUCAAAUAAUAAUAUUCUUAUUAAAAUAUCGCGAAUUACGAUGGCCAGCACUUUAUGAUUAUUUAUAUUUGUAA